AUGCUACGUUCAAAAAGCUGUUUAAGACCACUUUUAAGUGUGAAUCAACGGAUAACAUUUAACAAAACCACUAAAUUAUCACUUAGAUAUGCUUCAAAAGUUUCUUAUAAUGAUAUCGUCAAGGAUUCCCAUUUCAUGUCCAAAAUUAAUCCAUUAUCUGUGAGAGUGAAUUCUCAAGCCCCAGAUAUGGAAUCUAUUAAUGAAUUAUUAAAUGAACAAUUGAUUUUAAAAGAAGAUGACAAAUCCAAAUCAAAUGAAACAAAUGAAGAACAAGAUAAAUCUGAUAAAGAACAACCAUCUAAGAAAGAUGAAAAACCUGAAAGAAAGAAGAAGAAAAGAGAAACUCCAACUUCAAAACAAGAAAAUAAUAAUAACAUUUCAGAAAAAUCUAAUGAAUCAAGUGCAACUAGUGCUGCUGGUGGUUCAAGUUCUUCUUCAUCAGGUAAUGAUGGUGAAAAUCCAGAUGGAAGUGAUGAUGGUAAUGCUAAACGUAAAACAAUUAAAGUAGAAUAUAGUCCAGAAAUUUAUCCACAAGUUCUUGCAGUUCCAAUUACUCAACGUCCAUUAUUCCCAGGUUUAUAUAAAGCUGUUAGAAUUAAUGACCCACAAGUUAUCAAAGCUGUUAAUAGAUUAGUUGAUGAAAAUAAACCAUAUAUUGGUGUGUUUGCAUUUAAGAAAGAAGAUGCUGAUAGUGAUUUAAUUAAUAAUAAAGAUGAAAUUUUCUCCACGGGUGUUUUUGCACAAAUUACAUCAUGUCAUAUGGUUAAAGAUACUUAUGGUAAUGAUGGUAUGACAAUUGUUGUUUAUCCUCAUUCAAGAAUUUCAGUUGAUGAAGUUAUUCCAAAACAAGCAUUAGGUGAAGUUAUAACUGAUGAAACUUUAGAUAAAGAAAAAUUAGAAAAAGAAGUUGAACAAGAAUUAAUUGAUGAAGGUAAAUCAUUAGAAACUCAAGAAGUUCAAAGUGAAAAAGAAGAAAGAUUAAUUAAAAAAAUUGAUGAAGAAUCUGAAUAUAAUCCAGUUGAAUUUUUACAAGAAUAUGAAGUUUCAAGAGUUAAUGUUUCAUUAUUAAAAUCUGAACCUUUUGAUAAAAAUUCAGCUGUUGUUAAUGCAUUAUCAAGUGAAAUCUUAAGAGUUUUCAAAGAUGCUGCCCAAUAUAAUCAUCAUAUUAAAGAACAAUUAACUGUCUUUAGUGAUCGUGAUGGUGGUUCAGUUUAUGACAAUGCAGGUGAAUUAGCAGAUUUUGCAGCUUCAUUAUGUGUUGGUAAAGUUGAUGAAAUUCAAGAAGUUUUGGAUGAAUUAAAUAUUGAAAAAAGAUUAGAAAAAGCUUUAACAUUAUUGAAAAGAGAAGUUUUACAAGUUCAAUUAUAUGAUAAAAUUGUUAAAGAUGUUGAAGCAAAAAUCACUAAAAAGCAACAAGAAUAUGUCUUGAUGGAAAAAUUAAAACAAAUCAAGAAAGAAUUAGGUAUGGAUGAUGGACGUCAAAAAGUUAUUGAUACCAUAACUGAAAGAAUGAAAGAUUAUGUAAUUCCAGAAAGUGUUCAAAAAAUUAUUGAUGAUGAAAUGACAAAAUUACAAACUUUAGAACCUCAUAUGUCAGAAUUUGGUGUUACAAGAAAUUAUUUAGAUUGGAUUUCUCAUGUUCCAUUUGGUAAUUAUACACCAGAAACUUUUAAUAUUUCAGAUGCUAAAAGAAUUUUGGAAGAAGAUCAUUAUGGUUUAAAAGAUGUUAAAGAUCGUAUUUUAGAAUUUAUUGCAAUUGCCAAAUUAUUAGGUACUGUUAAAGGUAAAAUUAUUUGUUUUGUUGGUCCUCCAGGUGUUGGUAAAACUUCAAUUGGUAAAUCUAUUGCAAGAGCAUUGAAUAGAAAUUUUUUCAGAAUUUCUGUUGGUGGGUUAACUGAUGUUUCAGAAAUUAAAGGUCAUAGAAGAACUUAUGUUGGUGCAAUGCCAGGUCGUAUUAUUCAAGCUUUAAAGAAAACUCAUACAAUGAAUCCAAUGAUUUUAAUUGAUGAAAUUGAUAAGAUUGGUAAUCAUUCCGGGUUUAAUGGUGAUCCAUCAGCUGCAUUAUUAGAAUUAUUAGAUCCUGAACAAAAUAAUGAAUUUUUGGAUCAAUAUAUGGAUUUCCCAAUUGAUUUAUCCAAGGCAUUAUUUGUUUGUACAGCAAAUACUUUAGAUACUAUACCAAGACCUUUAUUAGAUCGUAUGGAAGUUAUUGAAAUUCCAGGUUAUGUUUCUGAAGAAAAAGUUGAAAUUGCUAAGAAUUAUUUAAUUCCUCAAGCAAAGAAUGAAUCAGGUCUUGGUGAUGCAAAUGUUACAAUUGCAGAUGAAACUGUUGAUAAUAUUGUUAGACAAUAUGCUAAGGAAAAUGGUGUUAGAAGAUUAAAACAAUUGGUUGAAAAAGUUUAUAGAAAAGCUGCUUUUAAAGCAGUUACAGAUUUUGUUGAAAAAACUGAAGGUGGUAAUAAAACUCCAGAAGAAGAAAUUAAACCAAAUAUCGAUCAUCGUGAACCAAAAUCUGAUAGAGAAGCUGUUAAAAAGGAAGAUAUUCCUGUGGAAACUGUUGAAUUACCAAAAGAUUUUGCAUUAGAAAUUACACCAACUACAUUAAAAGAUUAUAUUGGACCACCAAUUUAUACAAGUGAUCGUUUAUAUGAAACUACACCACCAGGUGUUAUUAUGGGUUUAGCAUGGACAUCAAUUGGAGGUACUUCAUUAUAUGUUGAAAGUUCAAGUGAACCAAGUGAAAAAGGUGGUGAAUUAAAAGUUACCGGUCAAUUAGGUGAUGUUAUGAAAGAAAGUUCAAAUGUUUCAUUUGCAGUUGCUAAAAAAUAUGUUAAAAAUGAAUUUUUCAAAAAUCAUAAUAUUUAUGUUCAUUGUCCAGAAGGUGCUAUACCAAAAGAUGGUCCAUCAGCAGGUAUUACUAUGACUACUGCAUUAAUUUCAUUAGCAUUAAAUAAACCAUUACCUGCAAUUGCCAUGACUGGUGAAAUUACAUUAACAGGUAAAGUAUUAAGAAUUGGAGGAUUAAAAGAAAAAUUAAUUGCAGCACAAAGAAAUGGUAUAUCAAGAGUUUAUUUACCAAAAAAUAAUGAAAAUGAUUUUGAAGAUUUAGAUGAAAAACUGAAGAAGGAUUUUAAUCCAUUAUUUGUUGAUAAUUAUUCACAAAUAUUUGAAGAUUUAUUUAAAGAUGUCCCAAAUGAAGCACCAGUUAAAGCUGAUAAAUGA